AUGAAUACUUGUAUCAGAUUACAAGAUUUACUAUCUUGCGCCGGCAUCAAGUGUUUCUUUCUUCCCUUCCUUUCUCAGCAGAAACAGAAGCCGCUCCACCACCAUCACCUUAUACACCGCCGAUCGCCACCACCAUCGAAUUAUACGCCGCAGCUUAUCACCGCACUUGCCCAGAUGCAGCAGAGAAAUUCUGGCAACCGGCGUCCAUCGGGAACCGAUGGCUCCGAUUUCUCAUACAGAAUGGUUGUGGACAACAGAUAUACAAAGGUAGCCAAGGGGAAAUCCACACUCUCCAAAGUUCUUGUGAUUCAGGCAGUGGUAGUGGUACUAGGAGUAUUUGACAUUCUUUUCACUCUGUUAAAGAAGGAGCCUCUUGAAAUAUUAGCUGCUGCAUCGAUAUCUUUAACUUUGAUUGCAAUUAUAAUUGGUGAAUUGGGUCGAAAGCGUAGCAGAGUGAGCUUUUUGAAAUUCUAUAUGGCUGCAUCAUCUAUAGGAAUACUUGGAUCAAUUGCUUCAGGUAUCGAACUGAAGGCAAGCACACCUCUUGUUGGUCUGAGUAACUGGGAAACAGAUAAGUUUGAUCUGUUGAAGAUUGCUUGUGUUUCUGUUGGACUGUUUGUGCAAAUAUUUUCUAUCAGUAAAACAACUUCUCUCAUCGGGAAUAUGUCUCCUCCAAAAAGAGCUUCUUGAUGCAAAUCCUCACUAUUCAUCAUCUCUUUAUCUCUUGUCUUACUAGAGAUGCGUUUUUCUUAUUGAUUUAGUUUUGUUAUUUAUUACUCUUGGAUUGUAAUCCCGAUUUUAAAAUCAUGAAAAAGGAUUGGACAUCUUCUAUGGUAU